CUUUAAUUCCAAGUAAUCUGCUCCAAGCUCCACGACCCAGGGCAGUCCAGAACCUUCUGGUCAGGCACAAUGGGCACAAUGGCGUCUGUCCUGCUGUCCCUGCUACUCCUUCUGGGUCCUGCAGUCCCUCAGGAGACCCACACUGGGCCUUACUCUCUGAGCUUCUUCUACACUGGGCUGUCCAGGCCCAGGGAUGGCUUCCCCAGCUUCCAGGCCACUGCCUACCUCAAUGACCAGGAUUUCUUUCACUAUGACAGCGAAGACAGGAAGGCCAUACCCAGGUACCCGUGGAGCCAGAUGGAAGGAAUAGAGGACUGGGAGAAGGAGAGUGAACUUCAGAAGGCCAGGGAGGACAUCUUCAUGGUGACCCUGAAGGACAUCAUGGACUAUUACAAGGACAAAGAAGGGUCUCACACCUUUCAGGGAAUGUUUGGCUGUGAGCUCCAGAGUAACAAAAGCAGCGGAGCGUUCUGGAGGUACGCCUACGAUGGAAGGAAUUUCAUCGAGUUCAACAAAGAAAUCCCGGCCUGGGUCCCCCAGGACCCAGCGGCUCUGAACACCAAGCAGAAGUGGGAGGCGGAAGAAGUCUACGUGCUUCGGGCCAAGGCCUAUCUGGAAGAGGAGUGCCCGGCAAUGCUGCGGGGGUACCUACAAUACGGCAAGACCUAUCUGGACCGACAAGAUCCCCCCUCCCUGUCCAUCACCAGCCACGGGACCCCAGGAGAAACUCAGACACUCAAAUGCCGGGCCGAUGGCUUCUACCCACGAGAAAUUGAGCUGCACUGGAUUCAGGGGGAUGAUACACAGGAGACUGAGUCCAGGGGAGACGUUCUUCCCAGUGGAAACAGCACUUACCAGUCCUGGGUGGUGCUGUCAGUUUCUCCGCAGGGCAGAGCCUCCGACUCCUACUCCUGCCGCGUGACUCACAGCAGCCUGGCCCAGCCCCUCACUGUGCUGUGGCCGGGAGCGAGGGCUGAAGGCUCCCAGGGCGCCUGGGAGCAGUAGCCACCCCUCCUGCAGGGCAGGGGAGAUGAGCUCUAGAAAUCACCGCGGCAUCACCAGUGAGGCCAGGGGUCAGGUGGUGGAUUCAAGGACAGGGAACACUGCCAGCCACUGAGCUGACUCCGGGCUGAAUUGUCUUGCAAAGCCUCAUUAUCUAAUCUGUCAAUCAAAUCAACAGUAAUCACCUUGCCUAGCACACAGUGUAGAAAGGAAGGUAUUUUUAAACUGAGAUGAUAUAAAAACGUGAGUAGAUGUUACCGUUCA